AUGCCUGCUCCUUCCCACCCAUUCCAGCCCUAUGCAGAUAGGUACCUUGAUCACGCAUCUGCUGGCGAUGUCAAACCCACUGCGCUCCAGAUCGUCCGAGACCUCGAACUUGUGGACAAACUACAGGAGAAAGUCAUUCUCAUUACAGGCACUUCGGCCGGACUGGGACUCGAGACAGCUCGAGCUCUGCACGCAACAGGAGCAAACCUCUACCUUACCUUCCGCAACAAAGCCAAGGUCGAGGCAAUCGUCAAGGAACUCAUGGCCAGCAACCCUCAGGGACAGCUCCCAACCCUGAUUGAAAUGGAACUUUCAAGUCUCGAUAGCGUCAGACAAGCUGCUAAGCAGUUCCUUGAUCAACAAAAGCGCCUUGAUAUCCUUGUCAACAACGCUGGCAUCAUGGGGGUUCCCGAAGGUCGCACUGUCGAUGGGUUUGAAAAGCAACUGGGCACCAACCACUUCGGCCAUUUCCUGCUUUUCCAGCUUCUUAAGCCUGUGUUGCUCGCUAGUGGUACCGCCGGAUCCCCUAGUCGUGUGAUCACUCUUUCCAGCGCUGCUCAUAAGGCUAGCGGUAUCUUCUUUGAUGACCUCGACUUGACCAAGCAUGGCUACAACCCUAUGUUGGCAUACGCCCAGAGCAAGACGGCCAACAUGUACAUGGCAAACUCGAUCGAUCGCCACUAUGGUGCCCAGAACUUACGUGGACUGUCGGUUCACCCUGGACUGAUCAUCACUACCGAGCUUGCCCGAGACCUUUCUGAUGAAGACAAACAGAUGUUCGCCUCAAUUGCGCACGUCGCGAGAUCUGCUGAGCAGGGUGCAGCGACGACUGUUUGGGCAGCCUUGUCUCCUCACUUCAACGAUCAUGGCGGUGUGUACAUUGCAGAUGUCGGCGUAUCAGGCCCUGUCGCCGAAGACGAGAUAUUGGUUGGCCCUGGUUACGCUACUCAUGCAUAUGAUGAGGAAGCAGAGGAAAAACUGUGGAAGCUGAGCUACCAAGCCGUUGGCUACGACGAGUAA